GGCGCCGAGGAUGGCGCUGCUGCCUUUUGCCUUCGAGGAGUCGGUCUUCGAGGACGAGGAGGAGGGCGGCGGGACGUCCAGGACCGGCGGCCCCCUUGCUUCCCACUACAACGCCCGGUGCUGCGAGCCCGAGUGGUUUUGUGAACAGGUAGAAUGCCAGGACGAUCUUGAAAGGAUGAACAUAAAAAAAUUCAGAGGAGAUCUGGCCUAUAAGAAACAAGAAUUUCAGAAAGCCCUUCAGGAAUAUUCCAGUUGCCUUGCCCUUGUACCUUCCAGUAAUAUUGCCAUGAGAAGAGAUUUAAAAGAGAGCCAGGCCCGCUGUUUAGCUCAUCUGGGGAAACAUGAGGAAGCGCUCAGAAUUGCAGAAAACCUGAGAAACGGGGCAACGAAUACCGACCAUCUGACAGCCAUACUUAAUCUGCAAUAUGCCAUUUAUUGCCUUCUGGAGGAUAUUGAGAAUGUAAUUGGGUGCUUGCAAAGACUGAUCUCGUUGCACCCGUUUCAUCCACAAACUUGGAAUUUGCUGGCAAAAACUUACAUGAGUUUGUUGCAAUUUCCGGUCCCCUUGUCUGGAACCAAAGCCCCUCUGUGGCAAGGCAGUGGCUUAAUUGCAGGCAGCUUUGUGUGUCAUCGGACACAGAGCCAGAGGAAGGAUGAUCCUUUGUUGUGUACCAUCCACACAACCGAUAGCUUUGGAUCUUGUGUGGAAUCGCAAAGUGUGCAGAGACCUGUUUGUAUCCCGGGAAAUUCAGGGCCAGGAUCCACAACCAAGAGAGCUUCUUUAGGGGAUCGAAGAUUGAAAGACAUUUGUGUCUAUGCGUGUGCCUCUUUUGUUAGAGCCAGGCUUUUGUUUCAGCUUAUGCAGUUGACUCAGUCUUCUUUUGCUUUAGAGAAUAACUUGAAAACGCAACAGGAAAUUGAAGACAAAAUUAGAUUUUUUGAAUUGGAGGCAGACAACUUUUCCUUGAUGACUGAGGUUAUGGGAGAGGAUCUUGUCCCGGAAAAGCUGAAAGGAGAAGCUCAGGAAGAGGUGAAAUGCUUCCCUGCUGAAGCCUUGCCAUCUGUCAUGACUGCAUCCACCUUGGAGUUUGAAAGAAAAUGGUUCCAGAAGCUCCAAGGCUGCUUUCCUCACAUGGACUGCCCGACAUAACUGCACUGAAAGCGCUUCUUCAGUUUUUCAGUUCUGCUUAUCCCAUCUGUAUUUUAAUGGAACUGGAAGGGACUUUGGAGGUCUUCUAGUCCAACCCCCUGCUAUGCCAUUUCAGACAAAGGGUUUAGCUUGCCAAGAGAACACGGGAACAGGAACUGAGAUUUUCAUUGUUGCACAUGCAGUUCGCACUGGAGUGUUUUUACCAUUGAAAAGGAUGAGCCACUUCAUUUGAAAAUCACCUUAACAUCUGGCUCUUCUUCUACCUCAGGGGUAGAAGAAACUUGAUUUCAUUGAGGGCAACAUCAGGAUUGUAUUUGACCUCGGAGGGGCGUGGCCGGGAUGGGUGUGGCUGGGAUAGGCAUGGCUGAGAUGGAUGUGGCCAGCUUGAUGUCACUCAUUGAG